AUGGAUGAGACCCCGAAGCGGAGAGUCGGUCGGCCAUCCAAAUACGAUUGGGGCGACAAGAGAGAUAUCUGCUACAAGCUCUACGUCGAAGAGAAGAAAAGCGCCCAAGAGAUCGCGAAGUACUUCGCCGACCGCUUCAAUGUCAGCGAAGAGGACCUGCCAUGCAAGAAAGGCUUCUUGCGCCAGUUUGGAAUAUGGGGCUUCCCAUCGCGGAUCAACAAGCUGUCGGAGGAAGAUGAGCGUACUGUGAGCAAUCGCAUCAAGGAAAUGUGGGAGCAGAACAUCAGCCAGAAAGACAUCAAGGACAUUCUUGUUGAGGAAGGCUGGGAUUUGAAAGGACAUGUGUUCAACAAGCUGUGGAGGCAGAAUGGAUUGCGACUCCGUAUCGACCAAGGAUACAAGCCGCCGGAUCCAAACGCCCCACCGAAGAAGCGCCAGCGGACAUCCAACGCAGCAGAAGAGGCUACAGAAAAUGUAAACCCUGACGAUGCGAUCGACCUCACCAGCGAACCCCCACAACAGGAACAGGAUGGCUUUCUUAAUAUGUCUUUGGACCCCGACGAGGCGGCGCGUCGAACCCAGCGUUUGUUUGAGAUUCAACUGGAGAGCGAUCAGAGGUUGUCAGACCGCAAGCGACGGAGACGGAUUCGAGGCUACGGACAUCUGCCUCCAGACGAAGCUGGUCUGGCUCCGCGGUACGCUUCGGAAACUAGUCUGGACGAAUGCAAGGCGUACCUGCAACUCUCGAACGAGAGAUACCAGGCCAUUCGUGGCGAUUUCGAGGUGAUUUGCAGGGAGUUGGGCAUCAUCAAAAAGACUCAGUGCGCUGAAGGCGUGUGGGAAGAUUGCAAGAAGCGGCUCAUUCGCGAAAAUAUGCAUCUUAGCGCAGUGAUGCACCCACUCCAGCCCGACCAAGAAAAGAAGACGAUAGCCCUUGACUGUGUUUGCUGCGACGUGACGAAGCGAAUGCGUGUCCAGGGCAAGUCAAUCACUAUUGCGCAAGCCAACAACAUGCUCGGACUCAACCCUGGAGAAAGCAAGGAGAUUCGGCGACUCCUAUAUGACAUUUUGACUGCCGACAAUUUCGAGUCACGACUAGUCAGCGGCGAAGAUCACUUCCAAGAGCUUCGUCAUCGUUGGUUCGCCUCGAAUGAAAAGCUACAACAGAUCAUGGCGGAGAAUGACCCGGGCAAGAAAAAAGCUGUCGAACUGCUUGGCAAAGACGCCAUGAAGCGAUUUCGUGAAGACAAGAACAAACGCGGGGAGCGAGUCAUCGUACAGAAGAACGCGCACUACGGUCCUGGCCCUGGCCCUGCUUGGAUGGGUACCGCUCCGAGGUCGAAGAAGGCGAAGGCAGCUGAAGCAGCGAAGAACACCAGCCCCACCAUCCAAGAGCCAAAUGUUCGAAAUGCUGUCGAGGGUAGAGGCUAUCCUCAACAGCGGAACGGUGGCCUUCUUGCGACUGUAGCACAGGCUACUGGAAACAUCGAUUUCGGUAUUGACCCUGCACUCUCGACGGCCGGUCCCUUCAUUGCUCCUCAGACGAAUGCCGCACAACCCAUACCUGCCUACUUCCGACUGGCUCCUGGCUCAAGCGUCGUAGGCAACCAUCCCAGGAUGUGGCUUGGAAAACUGGCUUCACCAACGAUACCGGCUUUGCACAAGGCGGCCACAAGCAAGGCUGGUGCUGCUCAGGUUAAGAAAGUCAAUGGUAUUGUUAAAGACGCGGACGGCACUGAGAAUAGCUGGUUGGUGGAGAAUAAUGACGAGCUGGAGGUUUAUCUUGGAGAGGCCGGGGAGAAGGCUACUUUCUUGGUGGUCCUUGAAGGUGGAUACGCUUGA